CUGCUGCCGCCGCCGGCUCCCCCGCCCGCCCCGCUCCACCGCGGCAGCCGCGCCAGACGCAGCGCGGCUCGGAACGCGCAAGGAACCUCCCGUAACCGCCGCGGCCCGGGCAGUCCCUCGCCGCGCCAUGGCCCGGAACCGCCGGGAGAGAAGCAGCUGGGGUAGUUUUGCGGACAAGGCUUACGAGUGGAGCUCAGAAGAGGAGGAGUCUGUGAGGAAGGCAGGACCAGUGCAAGUCCUCAUUGUCAAAGAUGACCAUUCCUUUGAACUGGAUGAAGCUGCACUCAACCGCAUCCUCCUCUCAGAGGCUGUCAGAGAUAAAGAGGUUGUGGCUGUCUCCGUUGCUGGGGCUUUUAGGAAAGGAAAAUCAUUCCUGAUGGACUUCAUGCUGCGGUACAUGUACAAUAAGGAAGCAGUGGACUGGGUUGGAGAUUACAACGAGCCUCUGACAGGUUUCUCCUGGAGAGGUGGGUCUGAGCGGGAGACGACCGGCAUUCAGAUAUGGAGCGAGGUUUUCCUGGUGGACAAGCCUGAUGGUACAAAGGUUGCAGUGUUGCUGAUGGACACACAGGGCACCUUUGACAGCCAGUCCACCUUGAGGGAUUCAGCCACUGUGUUUGCCCUUAGCACAAUGAUCAGCUCAAUACAGGUUUACAACUUGUCCCAGAACGUGCAGGAGGAUGACCUGCAGCACUUGCAGCUUUUCACCGAGUACGGCAGGCUGGCCAUGGAGGAGACGUUCCUGAAACCUUUCCAGUCCCUUAUAUUCCUUGUUCGUGACUGGAGCUUCCCUUAUGAAUUUUCCUAUGGAUCUGAUGGUGGUGCCAAAUUUCUGGAGAAGCGGCUCAAGGUCUCAGGAAAUCAGCAUGAGGAGCUGCAGAAUGUCAGAAAGCACAUCCAUUCCUGCUUCACCAAGAUCUCCUGCUUCCUCUUACCUCACCCAGGCCUCAAAGUUGCCACCAACCCUAAUUUUGAUGGAAAACUGAAAGAAAUAGAUGAUGAGUUCAUCAAGAACUUGAAGGUCUUGAUUCCUUGGCUUCUUAGCCCUGAGAGCCUGGAUGUGAAGGAGAUCAAUGGAAACAACAUCACUUGUCGAGGCCUUGUGGAGUAUUUUAAGGCAUACAUAAAGAUCUACCAAGGGGAAGAGCUGCCACACCCCAAGUCGAUGCUGCAGGCCACAGCAGAAGCCAACAAUUUAGCAGCAGUUGCCACUGCCAAAGACACCUACAGCAGAAGAAUGGAGGAGGUCUGCGGUGGGGACAAGCCCUUCCUCGCACCCAGCGACCUCCAGAGCAAGCACAUGGAACUGAAGGAGGAGGCUGUGAAGCUGUUCCGCGGGGUGAAGAAGAUGGGUGGGGAGGAGUUCAGCCGCCGCUACCUGCAGCAGCUGGAGGCGGAGAUCGAUGAGCUCUACAUCCAGUACAUCAAGCACAACGACAGCAAGAACAUCUUCCACGCCGCCCGCACCCCUGCCACCCUCUUCGUGGUCAUCUUCAUCACUUAUGUGAUCGCUGGGGUGACAGGCUUCAUUGGCUUGGACAUCAUAGCCAGCCUGUGCAACAUGAUCAUGGGCUUGACACUUAUCACACUCUGUACCUGGGCAUAUAUCAGAUACUCUGGGGAGUACAGAGAACUGGGCGCAGUUAUAGACCAAGUGGCCGCAGCCUUGUGGGACCAGGGAAGCACAAAUGAGGCUUUGUACAAACUGUACAGCGCGGCCGCGACCCACCGGCACUUGUAUCACCACGCCUUCCCCGCACAGAGAGCCCAGCCCGCCGAGGCCUCCGACAGGAAGAAGCUCUAAAGGGGUUUGAGAUGCAUGGAGGAGGCGGCGUGGACAUCUCUGCUCCACACUCUCGUCCUCGUGUCCCAUCACAAGCUGCUGCCACCCAACAGAGCGAAGAACAAAGCCCACGUCUGGUGGAGACCUCAGAGUGUUUGAGGGGGUGACCUCAGCAUGGUUUCUGUUGUUGAUUUGUACAUACUGGCACUGCUGCGACAACAAAAGUGCUUUUAAUUUGUGACAGCCUCCCUCCCAGCUCAGUUAUGAAGCCUUAUUUCCCCCUUCUUCAUUAGUUACGAGGUCACUGCAGAAAUUUACAACUAAUUACAUGAUACCACAACUAAAAACUCUUCCAGACCUUUGCUUAUUCAAAAACCAACUCAUUUUUCAGACCUCUGAGCAAGUUGCUAUAACAUGUAACCAACCUCUCUUUUGUUUUCCUUCCAAUUAACUAUUUAAUGACAUAAGCAUCAUAAAAAAAAUGUAUUAACAUGCUUUCUCCAAACCUGUUAAGGGCACUUCUGCUGUGCUUUGUGACCCACCUCGUGCGGGAAGCAUCACUUGGUUCAUGUACUGGAGAAGUCUCACUGUUAUUUCUGUACAUAUAGAUCCAUUAUUGAGCAUAGAUGGUGUGUCCCACAGCUCUAUUCUUACAGUGUCAGAGCAAUUAAAGUUUGUGUUUGGUUCCUAAAAGAA